AUGUCUGGCUUUUCGACAGUGUUCAAACACCCUCCUCCUGCUGCUGCUGCUGCUGCUGCUGUCCCUGCUUGCAAUUUUAGCAAAGUGUCUCAGUUAAAACAGCCGUUCGGCGUCAGUGGACGUCACGCAAUUCGGAACAACCAACCAAACAAACAAACUUGUCAAUUUAAAUGCUGGGAGUCAAUUGUGGUCAAUUUACGGAAACUUUACAGCGUAUUCACUGGUAGCAUCACCUGUCGGUGCUCUCAUUAUUGUGCCUCCCACUUUCGCCUCACCACCCUCACCUCAACCGGAGGUUACGCGGGACCCGAGAUGCCCCCAUGUUCAAGUCGACUAUACCCAUCAAGCGUUUUUUACGAGUUGAGCUCUCUCUACGGCACUUUCGGCGAUGAGAAUAGUAGAAGUCUGACUGAUGUUCAUUCAACCGCUGAAGUGACCACUUCGCGAAAGCAGGUUGAAACCUUGCUCAUUGGACUGGCAGACUGCAUUCCUCAUAACGUGUCGACGCAGAUCGUCGCCUCCGGUGUGGUUCCCAAAACGCCUCCGAGGGUCUCAAUGAAUGGUGACCGCGCUCUCGAACACGUUUACCCUCAUCCGAGCACUAAUCAACGGUUUGGUUUGACUGUCUACGAGGCACUCAGACUCAAUUCACCUAACUCGCUUCUGACCAUUCGCUAA